AUGGAGAGUUGUUAUUCUCAGCAGAGAGGCUUUCUUAUUUCUGUCUUUCUUUUAAAUGUAUUAAUAUAUUGGGGAGGAUAUUCGAAGGUGAGUGGUUGCUUGGAUUCGGAGAGAAAAGCUCUCACCACCAUCCGGAAGGCUCUGAACGAUCCCUCCAAUCUUCUUUCUUCUUGGGAUGAUGCCUCUGACUGCUGCAAUUGGAGAGGUAUUACCUACCACAACAUAACUGGGUACGUUGUUAAACUCGACCUCCAUGCUGGUGACCUAGGUGGCAGAAUUGAUCCAGCUCUGGUUGAACUGAAGCAUCUUCAGUUCUUGGACUUGAGCGGUAAUGCUUUUCAUGGCGCACCAAUUCCAGAUUUCCUGGGUUCAAUGAAGGAGUUGAGGCAUUUGAAUUUGUCAUGGGCAGGAUUCAGCGGGAGAAUCCCUCAUCAGCUUGGAAACCUCACCAAACUCAUUUCCCUGAAGCUUUCUUCAGAGUAUUCUUUGAGUGCCAAAAACCUUUGGUGGUUGACAAGUCUGCCUUCUCUCAAUUACCUCGACAUGUCUUAUGUGAACCUUUCCAUGGCAAGCCAUGAUUGGGUGCACGUAAUGAACAUGUCUCCUUCCCUUGUUGAGCUAAGCUUAUUCGAUUGUGGUCUUUCAUAUAUUUCUCCGACUCUUUCUUCUGUUAAUUUCACAUCUCUCCGUGUCCUUGAUCUCCGUUUUAACGACUUCAACUCUACCAUUCCAAACUGGAUAGCUAAUAUUAGCAGCCUGGUGUCUUUAGGUCUCUCACUGAACAAGUUUCAUGGUCAGAUACCUUAUCAAAUUUCACAACUGCCUAACUUGGAAGAGUUGUGGUUGGGAUCAACUGAUGAUAACCUUAGGGUUGAUUGGUCAGAGUUCCUUGAAGGCAGCUGGAGAAAGCUGAAGAUACUUUAUCUAUCUUUCAGUCAGCUGCAUGGAGGAAUCCCCAACUCUAUUGGGAAUAUUACCUCACUGGUGGAUCUUUAUUUAUCAUUUGGCGAGAAUAUAACAGGUAGCAUUCCAAGAGCCAUAACUAAGCUUAUCAAUUUAGAGAGCCUGUCUUUGUAUGGAUACAAAAUGCAUGCGGCCAUUCCUGAUUGGUUACAUGAGCUCAAAAAUCUUAAACACCUUUCUCUCCAAGAUUGCAUGCUGACAGGCCCAAUCCCUGCAGCUCAUCUUCGAGGAUUGUCUUCCUUAGAAGAAUUAGAUCUCUCACGGAAUCAGUUGAAUGGAAAUAUCCCUGCAGCUCUUGGAGGAUUGUCUUCCUUACUAUAUUUAUCUCUCGAUGGGAAUCAGUUGAAUGGGAAUAUCCCUGCUUCUCUUGGAGGAUUGUCUUCCUUGGAAAAAUUAAUUCUCUCGGGGAAUCAGUUGAAUGGAAAUAUCCCUGCAGCUCUUGGAGGAUUGUCUUCCUUACAAGAUUUAUCUCUCCGUGGGAAUCAGUUGAAUGGGACAAUCCCAACAACUUUAGGACAACUUUCUAACUUGUCUUUGCUUGACCUCUCUGACAACUCCUUGACGGGAAACGUGUCUGAAAGUGUUUUUGAAAACCUCGCAAAGUUGAGGUACUUGGAUUUGUCUUCCAAUUCUUUGGUUUUUGAUCCACACUCUGAUUGGGCCCCUCCAUUUCAGCUUUCCUAUAUUUACUUAGGAUCAUGUCAUUUAGGUCCUCGAUUUCCUCUCUGGCUAAGAACACAAAAAUAUGUUCGAGAGUUGGAUCUGUCUAACACAACCAUCUCUGGCAUCAUCCCCACCUGGUUUUGGGAUUUAACACCCCAACUUCUUUCCCUGAACCUUUCAAAUAACCAGAUUUUUGGCCAAUUGCCCAACCCUUUAAAAAUGCAGCCUCAAGCCUUGUUCAUUGAUUUGAGUUCGAAUAAUUUCAGUGGUCCCAUACCCUACAUAUUGAAUGGAGCCUCUUUUCUCGAUCUCUCCAACAAUCAAUUUUCUGAGCCAAUCCCACCAAAUUUUACAUCCACAAUGCAGCAUUUAAAUUACUUUUCUGCCAGAGGUAACCAAAUCAGCGGCAUGAUUCCCUCAUUCAUAGAAGGAAUGAACUCCUUGACUGUCCUUGACCUUUCCCGAAACAAUAUAGGUGGUAUCAUUCCAUUGAGUUUGGGUAAUUGCAUAGCACUCAAGGCACUUGAUUUGAGCAAGAACAGGUUAUCAGGAGGAAUACCCACGUCUUUGGGUCUAUUACGUCAACUCCAAACAAUGCACCUGAGCAACAAUAACCUAUCGGGAGAAAUCCCUUCAUCUUUGAAGAAAUGUUCUAGUCUGGAGACUCUCGACCUUGGACACAACAAUUUUUCAGGUUAUAUUCCCACUUGGAUUGGCAAAAGCUUUCCAGCUUUAAGAAUUCUGAGUUUACGAUCAAAUAUGUUUACUGGCAACAUCCCAGCACAACUAUCGAACCUGACUUCUCUUCAGAUACUUGAUGUGGGACAAAAUUGUUUAUCUGGAUCAAUUCCUCAAAGUUUUGAAGAUCUCAUAGCCAUGAAGAAGACAAACCUCGAUCUUUCCUAUGGAAGAAGAGGAACAUAUUAUAAUGAAAACUUGCUUGUGUCAAUGAAGGGGCUGAUUCUUGAAUACACUAGAACAAUAUCAUUGGUCAUAUGCAUGGACCUUUCAAGAAAUAACUUAUCUGGAGAGAUCCCAAAAGGACUCACAAGUCUUUUAGGAUUGCGUGUCUUAAACUUUUCAGGAAAUCAUUUGACCGGAAAGAUCCCAGACAAGAUUGGUAAAUUGGCAUUGCUAGAGUCUCUUGAUUUCUCAAAAAAUCAACUUUCGGGUAUAAUUCCUCUAAGCAUGUCAAAUUUAACUUUUCUAAGUUACUUGAACUUGUCAUUUAACAACUUGUGGGGGAAAAUUCCAUCCGGAAAUCAGCUCCAGACAUUUCAAGAUCCUUCUAUUUAUAUGGGCAACAUCGGACUUUGUGGAUCUCCGCUUCCAAUUAAGUGUGUUGAUGAUGAGACACCUCACACUCCAAUGCCUGUUGGUGGUGACUUAGAAAAAGACAAAGAAGAGUAUGAAAUGCGUUGGUUUUACUCUGCGAUUGGACCAGGAUUUGCCAUGGGAUUUUGGGGCUUCUGUGGUGUUCUAAUACUCAAGAAGCCAUGGAGGAUUGCUUACUACCGCUUCUUCGAUGAUCUGGAAAGUAGACUGUGCUUCAAUUGUCAUUGUACAUUAUGCUAGGUUGAAAAGGUUUG